UCUCCGCUCAGGAAGCAGCCGCUGGCACCAUGCUGCUGUCGGUGCUGAGCUGGCUGUGCUCGGGCCUGCUGCUCACAGUCAGCUGCGGGAAACUUCCAGAUGCUGAGGUGACCAUCGAGGUUCUGCACAGACCUUUCAUCUGUCACCGUAAAUCCAAGUAUGGAGACAUCCUGCUGGUGCACCACGACGCUUACUUUGAGAAUGGCACCAUGUUUCAUUCCAGUUUGGCUGUGUCAUAAACCCACCGUCCAAGACUCGCCUCAGGACAUCAAACCCUGGAGUGCGCGCUCCAGCCUCGGAGGUGUGGAGAGCGAGCACCACACCUGUGACACUCUACCACGGUCCAGUGCAGAGACAGGAAAGGUUUUACACUUCAAUAUGAAGAAAAAACAGUCAGUAAAUGUAGCUAACACUCUGUCCCAGACUCGCCUCAUCCCUGUCCCAGCUCCAGCCCACAACAGGACAUCAAACCCUGGAGUGCGUGCUCCAGCCUCGGAGGUGUGGAGAGCGAGCACCUCCCCGGUGACACUCUACCACGGUCCAGUGCAGAGACAGGAAAGUCGAGCAGAGGGAGACAAACAGCCAGUGUGGUUCACGCUAGGCAUUCGGGAAGUGAUAAGAGGCUGGGACAAAGGCCUGCAGGACAUGUGUGCUGGAGAAAAAAGGAAACUCAUCGUACCUCCAGCUUUGGCCUACGGAAAAGAUGGCAAAGGUAAAAUUCCACCAGAAAGCACCUUGACUUUCUUUAUCGAGGUGCUUGAGAUCAGGAACGGCCCGAGAUCACACGAGUCCUUCCAGGAAAUGGAUCUCAACGAUGACUGGAGGCUUUCGAUGAGUGAGGUCAAGCAGUAUUUGAGAAAAGAGUUUGAGCGUCACGGCUACCCUCCCAAUGACACCUUGCAUGAGAACAUGAUGAAGGACAUUUUUGCCAAAGAAGAUGAAAACAAAGACGGUUUUAUAUCUUCCAGAGAAUUUACAUACAAGCACGAUGAACUUUGAUGUCACAGCCUCUGACCUAAUGGUUUCAUAAGGGUUUUCUCAGGUGCCAUUUGUAAAUGUUGUGUGGUGCAUUCAACAUUUAGUAUGUUUAAUGUCUCUGUGGUGUAAGGAAUGCCGUUUGGAAACACAAAACAGUGUGUUUAUUAUACAAGAAAAUUAAAGAAAAUGUGCAGCAAUUGGUUGUAUUUUUUUCUUACUGUAA